AAGAAAAAAUUGGAAAAUGGAUUCUAUAAUGCAAUCAACCUACGACGAGAAAGAGAAAGUGUGGAGUGGCUUUAAGGGUUUGCCCAUGUAUCAUCAGGAUUGUUCAGUUGGCCGUGUUAUACACAAAGCACUCAAAUCCUUUCCCAAAAAUGUUUGCGAAUUAAAUGCAGUUGAUGGUAAGGCCACCACGAAUCAGGAUAUGCUCAAUUGGUCUGUGCGCAUAGCUCAACAUUUGCGUAAACGUUUUAUUGGACGAGAUGAUGUGAUCGGUUUGAUCUCAAGAACUAACACCUAUCAGACGGCCGUAGCCUGUGCCUGUUUCUACAAUACAACACCAUUUCAUGCCAUUAGUUCACACUUUAAUACGGAUACCCUGCAACACAUUCUAAGCAUAACCAAGCCAAAGGUUAUAUUCUGUGAGGUGGGCGACUAUGAGAGAAUCAAAGAUGCCAGCUCCAGUUGGGAGAGGGAAUUGGUAACCCUGGAUGGCAAGAUCCAAGAUGUUGUCUAUGUAGAGGAACUGUUGGAGCCCACCAAAACGGAAAUGUUUUUCCAACCACAAUUCUUGACAUUGGGAGAGAGCCAAACAAUGGCCAUUUUAUGCUCCUCCGGAACUACGGGUCUACCAAAAGCAGUUUGCAUGGCAAAUUAUUUGCUACUCCAUUUAAUUGAAGUGCCAAUUUACACUAGUGAAAUGGCAAUAUUUUCCUAUUCUGGUUUGGAUUGGUAUUCGGGUCUACAACAAAUGCUACUUGGCGUGGGAGUGGGCUGCACCCGCAUCAUAACCAACAAGGAACGCACCACGGAGGACCUUCUGGACAUCAUUGAGAAAUAUAAAGUCAAUAUGGUCGGCUUGGGAUCUAGUCAUGUGGCAGAGUUAAUUGCCUCUCCGCUUGCCAAAGCAGAACGUUUGACUAGUCUGCGUGUGGUCUUCAUAUCUGGAGGUUGGAUAUCCGAUAAUGCUCUAAGGAAAAUGGAAGAACUAGCUAAAUUGGCUUUCAUUUUCUAUGGUUAUGGCACAACCGAAAUUGGAGCCAUUUCGGCAAGUUUCUCAGCUGCUAAAUUUGGCAAUACAGUGGGCAAACUAAUACCUGGAGCUCGUGGACGCAUUGUAUCCGAUGAGGGCAUGGCUCUGGGUCCUAAAGAAAUUGGCGAAAUUUUAAUACACAAUGGCCACAAGGAAUGGCAUGGUUACUAUGGAAACCAACUGGAAACUCAAAAGAUAUUCGACUCACAAAGCUGGUUUCACACCGGUGAUUUGGGUUACUUUGAUGAGCAUCACAAUCUCUAUAUUGUGGAUCGUAAAAAGGAUAUCUACAAGUGUCGCGGCUACCACUACUGGCCCAAUCAGAUAGAGACUGUGGUGGCCUCGUUGCCCCAAGUGCAGGAAGUCUGUGUGGUUGGCAUCCACGAUGAGAAUUUGGACGAUGCCCCCGCUGCGUUGGUUGUCCUUCAUCCGGGCAAACGCUUGACAAAAGAUGAUAUCAAAGCGCAUGUGGCCAAAACCCUGCAAACCGAGUACAUGGAAUUGCAUGGCGGAGUUUAUUUCGCAGAUGCGUUACCAAAAAAUAAAAAUGGAAAAAUUCUGCGACGUGAUGUCAAAGAGGCUAUAAUCGAGGCUAAAGCGAACUAAAUAUAAAACUUAAA